CACCACUCCAUGCCGCUCCGCACGCUGCUCCGGCACCUCGCGGCUGGCCAGUUCGCGCGCCUGCAGGCGCUCACGGGCGCGGCCACGGCGCCGGCCGCGCACCGCGUCCUCCACCUCCUCCUCCGCACCGCGCCGGCCCCUCCCCUCCCCCACCUCGUCUCCCUCGCGCGCUGGUCCCGCUCCCACUUCCGCGCGCCUCUCCCGCUCCGGCUCCACGCGCUGCUGCUGGCCCGCCUCGCCUCCCACGGCCUCCACCCGCUGCUCCGCUCCGAGCUCCACGCCCUCGCCGCCGCCCGCCUCCACUCCCCGGCGUCAAUCGUCCGCGCCCUCCCCGCGGCUUCCCCAGCCGCCGCGCCGCUCAUCGCCGACAUGCUCGUCCUCGCGCUCGCCAGGGCCUCCCAGCCCCUGGCGGCGUACGAGGCCUUCCUCCUCCUCGGCGACAACCACCCGCGCCACCGCCCCUCCGCCUUCUCGGUGAACAGCCUGCUCUCCGCCCUUUUCGCCGCCGACCGGGUCGACCUCGCCGAGCGGGCCUUCAAGGCGGCGCUCCGGCGGCGCGUGUCGCCGGACCUUUUCACCUUCAACAUCGUCGUCUCCGGGCUCUGCAAGGCUGGGCAGCUUCGCAAGGCCGGCGAUGUCGCCAAGGACAUCAGGGCGUGGGGGCUGACCCCCUCUGUGGCCACCUACAAUGCUCUCAUCGACGGCUACUGCAAGAAGGGUCGUGUCGGGAGGAUGUACCACGUCGACGCGCUUUUGAAGGAGAUGGUCGAGGCUGGAAUCUCGCCCAAUGUUGUUACAUUCAAUGUGCUGGUUACUGGGUAUUGCCAGGACUCGAACACUGCUGCUGCGGUGAAAGUCUUUGAGGAGAUGAAACAGCAGGGGAUUGCGCCCAGCAUGGGGACAUACAAUGCACUUGUUUGGGGUCUCUGCUGUGAGGGGAAGGUAGAGGAAGGGGUGAAGCUGGUGGAUGAGAUGCAGGAUCUGGGGCUGGCGCCUAAUGUGGCCACCCUGAAUAGUGUGCUGAAUGGGUUUUGCAAAAAGGGCUUAAUGGCAGAUGCUGAGAAUUGGGUUGAUGGUAUGGCACAGAGGAAUGUUGAACCGAAUGUGGUUACUUACAAUACCUUGAUGGAUGGAUAUCGCCGGCUCGGUAAAAUGAUGGAUACGGCGGCUGUGAAGGAGGCCAUGGCAGGGAAGGGGAUUAGUCCAAAUGUCAGAACAUACAAUUGCCUGAUAGCUGGGUUUGACCAGAGCGGGGAUUGGGGCAGUGUUUCUGGUCUUCUCGAUGAGAUGAAGGACAAAGGUGUUAGAGCUGAUAUUGUCACUUACAAUACACUUAUUGGUGCCCUGUGCUGCAAAGGGGAAGUACGUAAAGCUGUAAAGCUCUUGGAUGAAAUGUUGAUGGUUGGCUUGGAACCAGAGCAUCGGACUUACAACAACAUAAUAAAUGGGUACUGUGAGAAGGGGAACAUUAAGUCUGCCUAUGAAAUUAGGGCCAGGAUGGAGAAAGGUAGGAAACGGGCAAAUGUGGUCACAUACAAUGUCUUCAUCAAGCACCUUUCCAGAAUGGGGAAGAUGGAGGAGGCUAAUGAGCUCCUGAAUGAGAUGUUGGAGAAAGGUCUCGUUCCAAAUAAGGUUACCUAUGAAACAAUCAAGGAGGGGAUGAUGGAGAAAGGUUACGUUCCUGAUGUAAGAGGACUCGCUUGCUCAGAAGCCUCUCAAAAUCUGACAUCCUGAAACGCUUGCCAGUUCACAGUUUUAAGUUUGAAUGGUUGGUCUUUUCUUGGACCCAGUCUUUCUGGCGUGCACAAGUGUUCACAUUGAAGGAAGUCACAAGAGGUGGCUAUGGAGGUUUUUUCCCAACAUGGGUGGCAACAUAACCUUCGGAUCGAUCCACCACCUCCAUCGACAUAGGCAUAGUGUUGGUCUAUAGGGCUCUACUGCUGCUGAUUUGUCGGUUUUUUUUCAUCAUUUUUUGUCAGACCUUCAUAUUGGGCCGUGUGCAUCCUAGUUAUGCAGAGGCCGGGUGUUACUCAUAAUGCUUUGUAUCCGCUUGAUGCUACAUUUGAGAUAAUAAAAUCGCCCUUUAUCGAAAAAACAAGAGGCGGUGCGCCGAAGAUCGGGCUGCCGGCGUACCGCACUGGACACAGCACAUGGUGGGCGUCCUUGCUUUAUUAACGCAGUGCAUCCGACAUGUAGCCGGCGUGAUGGCCCCCAAAUGACCCAUCAAAUGACGCGCACAUCACUUCAACCGCGACCCCAGCCCCCAGGUCAGGUGGGACUAGCCGCUGAGUUUAAGCAUAUAAAUAAGCGGAGGAGAAGGAACUUACAAGGAUUCCCCUAGUAACGGUGAGCGAACCCGGAGCAGCCCAACUCGAGAAUCAGGCGUCUGUGCCGUCCGAAUUGUAGUCUGGAGAGGCGUCCUCGGCGACGGACCGGGCCCGAGUCCCCUGGAAAGGGGUGCCUGGGAGGGUGAACUGAAGCGAACUAGGCAAACUUGAGUAUCAUGCUUACUAGUGGUAAUAUCAUACUAGCAUUCAUUUUGGCUUUCAGAGUACUUAGCACGACAGUAUGGCACUCUCCUAUGCUUCCUAUAUAGCAUCACACAGAAAGUGAAUACCGGAGGCGAACACCUGUGCAACUCUAUCUGACAGAUCCAUGAAUCUGAAAGUGCUCACCUGGCACUGUGCCUCCUGGACACUACACUGAUCUGUUACUGUCUUACUUUUGAAGGAUUCCUUUAGAAAAUGGAAAAAAUUGCUAUUGUAUUUACCUUAAGGUUAGGAGCCAUUUUAUUUGGUUCAUAAGGGCCACAAAAUAUCUGAUGAAAUUUCCUCACUAGUCCUUGAGCAGAAAAUUGUUCGUGUUUCUCAAGAAUAGAAGUUAUAUUCAUGGUCCCCAGUAGCCACACGAGUCCUCACUAGUCCUUGAGCAGAAAAUUGUUCGUGUUUCUCAAGAAUAGAAGUUAUAUUCAUGGUCCCCAGUAGCCACACGAAUGAAAUGCAGCCAGGAAUUUACUCCCUGAUGUUGGAAAAAAAAAGGUUUGGGGCUUCCAUGUCCACUCUGAGUCCUGUCCUAUGAGGUGCAGCAAAAUGUUUAUCACCCACGUAAAUGAAUCUGAAAACAACAUGUGCAUAUCGAGGCCUAUGCACACCUUUUCUCCAAUAAUAUUUGUUUUGUCUUGCUGAUGGUUCUAACCAGCAAGUGGGGUAUUGCAUAUUGUGUGCUGUUGCUCGGCAAAUGUUUCUGAGCCCAACCCUGAUGGUAGAUUUAGGGUUCCAAAUCAUUUCGAGGUUGUAUAAAUCUUACAUGAGAAACGGGAAUAAGUGAUAAUUCCUUUCCAAAGCACCACCACUGGCUUAUCAGCAUAUUGUAAAGUUGCCUGACUUACCAGGAACUAUUCGUUGUAGCCUUAUGCUUUUACUGGUAUAGGUACCAACUAUAAAGCCUUCAGCUUAUGUGUCUGUACAAUUAUUCUCAAGUGACAAAUCAUGUGAUAGACCUCCUCUGCUCUUAUGAUCUGAAUGUGCAAAGCUCAGUACUUACAGUAAAGUUUGACCCUUCUCUGCUGUUUGUUUACUUGCCGUUUUGCAAUCUGGGGUGGGCAAGGAUUCUGAUCGGCAUAAUGGAUUUCGGUGAGUGCUGGACAACAAGAGAGAAAGUAUAACUAAACAGAUUAUAUGGUUUCAGUCAGGGCUGCACGUAGGGUUGAAAUACAGGCGUAUAGUUUCCACAUGAUCUGGAGCCAAAUUGGGGCAAAUUGAAAUUCCGAAAGAAAAUUUACUAUCUGGUCGGAGUUAAAUCCAGAUUCGAUCAGCUAUCUGCUGGAUAUGGAUAUUUCCUGGAUUUGAAAUCCAGAUAUCUAGCCAUAAGUAGGUUCUGAUGCCCAAGUCCCAUGAUCUUUUGCUUUGUUCACCGACCGACCUCUCCUCCAGCGGCGCCUCGCCAUGAUCCACCUCCAGCAGCCUAGCGCGAAGUGGCUCUAGUGUGCCACUGCAGCUCCCCUCCGUGUUGCUUCAACCAGGCGGACUAUGCACCGCCCAGCCAGUGGAUGCCUGCAUGGCUGUAUUGAUGACCUUUUUUCGCGCAUGGCACUCGUGGAGCAGAUUUGUAGAUUGAGUGGCUCGUCUCAUCAAUGCUGCCAUACUGCACAUCUGCUCUACUCAGGACUGUUGAUGGUCUCAGAUUAGAUGGUUUGACUGUUUCAGGUAUGUUUUUGAUCACCUCAACUUGUGGCUCCAACCAUCAACAUAGUGGGAUCACUAAUGAAUUCCCCGUGAUUCACAUUGCUUCAUCGGUUAAUUAGUUUGCGCCAUAUGCAAUUGAUUUAAUGCUUUACAAUCUGUGUUAUACAAGUUGACAAAUCUAUUAAUAAAAAUCUUGUAUGUUCAUCUGUAAACAUAUGCAAGAUUUUCCAUGAUUGAUUCAGAUGACGUUGGAGUUCUUAGGAGCUGCAAGAAUACAUAUAUCUUGCUUUGUUAAUGACAAUUUUAUUAUGUAUUAUAUCAGUGGUUAUUUUGGAA